AUGAUCAUCCCUGAUAAGAGCAGCAACGGUGGAGCUGGCGAUAAAAGCGGCUUUGACCACUACAGCAGUAAAGCAGAUCCUCCCGCAGACACGACGCGACCCGUCACUGCAAACCACGAUGAACAGCUUCCACCGCCAUAUACUCCGCCCCCAUUCCCUGCAUCUGUGUCUGCCCCCAUCCCGUCCUCCUCCUCUGCGGCCCAACCUCCACCCGCGCCCCCUACACUUCAACCAACCAACAAUCUGCACAUAAUACGCACAAACUCUGCCGUUCGUGAAUCUAUCCUCCUCGACCUCUCGCUAUCCCCUGUGCCUGGAUACACCAGCGACAACCAUAAUCUCGCUUUCGAGUCGCGUAACGGCUCUGUCAGGGCCGAGGUAUGGGUCCGCGAAGGCCGCGCAAGUGAUACGAUAGGCGGCCCUGCCCCCGAUCGCGCGCGCAUGCGCUUCACGAGCCAGAACGGCGCUGUGUCUGCUCAAAUCCAUCAAACUGACUCUACCGAUCUGCGCCCCCGCCUCUCCCUCCACCUCAACUCUCAGAACGGCUCCGCGACUCUCGCCCUCCCCCGCACGUUCCGCGGCACGCUCACGCUCGCCUCCGUUCACGGCUCUAUCCGCCUCUCCGACGCCCUCUCAAGCCACACUGCACUCCUCCACGAGGAGCAGGGUGUGCGCGUCGUAUUCGUCGGCGAGCGUCGUCAAGCUGGGGCCGGCGACAUGAAAGACGAGACGGACGACGCGUACGUUGGCACGAGGAACGGCGCUGUUCGAGUCUCAUUUGACGACGAACAUGCGGGCGGGUUGAGGGGAGAGAGCGUAGGUGCGAGCAUUUCAGGCGCGUGGAGCUCCUUCAUGAAGGCGUUUACUGGUGGGGAUAUAGACCCCCAUCGAGAAAGUGUUACUGUACACACUCUAGAGCAAGACCUAGGCCAGGAAUACCCACCCAGCACUAGACGUAUCAAUAACCAACUCCGUCACAACAAUCGCCCUAUCCGGCGCGAAGGGGACUUCUGGAUCUACGAAGACAACAACAGAUACGCCCCUCCGAAUUACGAUAACUGCUCAUACCGAAACGGGCGUUAUUACUUCACCCUUGAAGACGGAACAGAAGAAGAGGAUAUUUGGAACGAAACAGAAGCACAGUGGGAACUAGCCCCACAAUACAGGGAACCGGCGCCGGUAAUCCCCGAAGACUCGGAGCAAGAGGAAACGACCUCGGAAUCAGACUCCGACUCACCAGACCAAACACCGAUCAACACCCGAAACGAAUCGCUCGCCGACAUGUCGGGACAAGCUUCGACUUCUACAGACCCCCCUUCCGCGACAGUACAACCCGGAAGAGGAAAGGUCAAACUCCCAGACAACUAUAUAGGCAACCGCAUUGAAUCCCAGAAAUUCAUGCUCCAAUGCCUCCUUCUUUUCGCAGCAGAAUCCGAUCGGUACAAGACUGAUCAAGACAAGAUAUCCUUGGUACUCUCAUGCAUGAGAUAUGGCACGGCAGGAGCUUGGGCCGAGAACUUCCUCCUCAAAUCAGUAGGAGCGGACCCUCCCACUGAUCUAGGAACCUGGAGGGACUUUUUAACAAAGUUCAAGCUCCAAUUUAGGGAGACGGGCAAGACAGACAAAGCGCGAAGCGCACUCAUGGCCUUCUCCCAAGGACGAAUGACGGUUGACGAAUACUCCAACCAAUUCAUUCUCAUCGCCGCCGAUGCCGACAUCUCCGACAAGGAACAAGUCCCUUACUUCCAACGCGGGUUAGACCCGCGUGUCAUGGACAAAAUAUAUGACAAAGAAGUACAGCCAAAGGACAACAUUCAGGAUUGGAUAAACACAGCCUGCGAAAUAGACGGACGACUCAGAGCUAGAUCUGCUCAAAAAGCCAUCCUCGCAAACUCCACCUCCUUCCGCAGCGACUAUCUAAACCGUUUCCACUCCCAACCCGUUAUCCGCUAUAACUCCACAAACGCUCCUCGAAAGAUGAAUAAUCAGGUGGUUGAUAUGGACAUCGACGCUACCAGGAAGCAGGCGUUCCACCAGUUCGAGGAAACUCGAAGAGACGCUUGGGUACGACAGGGAGAGGAAACCGCGCAGUUGAUCUUGAGGGAGAAGACGACGCACCCGCUAUGGGAGACCAAGCGGGAAUAUAUCGAGGAAUGGAGACAGAGGAUGUUCAUCGCAACAACCAGCGGGUACCACAACCUGGUCCUUCGAUGGAACGUCCUCACUCUGCCCCAUCCGGACGACCCCAAACGAACCAUGGGCAACGCGCUAUGUUACCUAACGGAUGACGGGGAGACGGAAGCGUCAGUCAUUCUGCUCGAAUCGGAGCAGUGCUCGGAGAACUAG